GAAAGCAAGCCUCGGAGUGAGAGGAGAGCAGGGUCUCAUCCCCUAUCCUGAGCUGGGCCUGAGCCGCUGCUCCCGCAUCAGUACCAGCGCAGAUUCACACGGUUGGCACUGGUCCGUUAUCCUCUCCGGUUUCCAGGCGUCCUCUCCGCCCAUUAAGCGCCCCACGGAAGAUCGUCUGCUAGGCCACAGUCUGCCAGCCUCCCCCAGGCUUCCUGCACUCUGGGGGAGACUCGGGCCGGGGGCGGGGCGUUCCUGGCCCCUCCCCAUCGCCCCGCCCAUUCGGGAAGGAGUAAGCGGCGCUGGCCCCGGGCGGGAGGCAGUUCCGAGUCCGGUCACGGCGUGCUGGAGCGGGGCAGCCAGCAGCGGAGGCGCAGCGUACAGCCCACGCGGGGACCAUGGGCUCCAUGUUCCGGAGUGAGGAGGUGGCCCUGGUCCAGCUCUUUCUGCCCACAGCUGCUGCCUACACCUGCGUGAGCCGGCUGGGCGAGCUGGGCCUCGUGGAGUUCAGAGAUCUCAACGCCUCGGUGAGUGCCUUCCAGAGACGCUUUGUGGUUGAUGUUCGGCGCUGCGAGGAGCUGGAGAAGACCUUCACCUUCCUGCAGGAGGAGGUGCAGCGGGCUGGGCUGGUCCUGCCCCCGCCCGAAGGGAGGCUGCCAGCACCCCCACCCCGGGACCUGCUGCGCAUCCAGGAGGAGACUGAGCGCCUGGCCCAGGAGCUGCGGGAUGUUCGGGGCAACCAGCAGGCCCUACGGGUCCAGCUGCACCAGCUGCAGCUCCACGCGGCAGUGCUGGGCCAGGGCCACAGCCCGCAGCUGGCAGCCACCCACACAUAUGGGGCCUCGGAGAGGACGCCUCUGCUCCAGGCCCCUGGGGGGCCGCACCAGGACCUGAGGGUCAACUUUGUGGCAGGUGCCGUGGAGCCCCACAAGGCCCCCGCCCUGGAGCGCCUGCUCUGGAGGGCCUGCCGUGGUUUCCUCAUCGCCAGCUUCAGGGAGCUGGAGCGGCCACUGGAGCACCCCGUGACGGGUGAGCCAGCCACGUGGAUGACUUUCCUCAUCUCCUACUGGGGCGAGCAGAUCGGACAGAAGAUCCGCAAGAUCACGGACUGCUUCCACUGCCACAUCUUCCCGUUCCUGGAGCAGGAGGAGGCCCGCCGCGCAGCGCUGCAGCAGCAGAGCCAGGAGCUGCAGGAGGUCCUGGGGGAGACGGAGCGGUUCCUGAGUCAGGUGCUGGGCCGGGUGCAGCAGCUGCUGCCACCAGCGCAGGUGCAGGUCCGUAAGAUGAAGGCCGUGUACCUGGCCCUGAACCAGUGCAGCAUGAGCACCACGCACAAGUGCCUCAUCGCGGAGACCUGGUGCGCCGCGCGAGACCUGCCGGCCCUGCAGGAGGCCCUGCGGGACAGCUCGAUGGAGGAGGGAGUGAGCGCCGUGGCCCACCGCAUCCCCAGCCGCGACAUGCCCCCCACGCUCAUCCGCACCAACCGAUUCACUGCCAGCUUCCAGGGCAUCGUGGAUGCCUAUGGUGUGGGCCGCUACCAGGAGGUCAACCCCGCACCCUACACCAUCGUCACCUUCCCCUUCCUGUUUGCCGUGAUGUUCGGGGACGUGGGCCACGGGCUGCUCAUGUUCCUCUUCGCCCUGGCCAUGGUGCUUGCGGAGAACCGGCCAGCCAUGAAGGCCGCACAGAAUGAGAUCUGGCAGACUUUCUUCGGGGGCCGCUACCUGCUCCUGCUCAUGGGCCUGUUCUCCGUCUACACCGGCUUCAUCUACAAUGAGUGCUUCAGCCGUGCCAGCAGCAUCUUCCCCUCGGGCUGGAGCGUGGCUGCCAUGGCCAACCAGUCUGGCUGGAGUGAUGCAUUCCUGGCCCAGCACACAAUGCUUACCCUGGAUCCCAACGUCACUGGCGUCUUCCUGGGACCCUACCCCUUUGGCAUCGACCCUAUCUGGAGCCUGGCUGCCAACCACCUGAGCUUCCUCAACUCCUUCAAGAUGAAGAUGUCCGUCAUCCUGGGGGUCGUGCACAUGGCCUUUGGGGUGGUCCUCGGAGUCUUCAACCACAUGCACUUUGGCCAGAGGCACCGGCUGCUGCUGGAGACACUGCCGGAGCUCACCUUCCUGCUGGGGCUCUUUGGCUACCUCGUCUUCCUUGUCAUCUACAAGUGGCUGCGUGUCUCGGCCACCAACGCUGCCUCGGCCCCCAGCAUCCUCAUCCACUUCAUCAACAUGUUCCUGUUCUCCCACAGCCCCACCAACCGGCCUCUCUACCCUCGGCAGGAGGUGGUCCAGGCCAUGCUGGUGGUCCUGGCCUUGGCCAUGGUGCCUGUCCUGCUGCUCGGCACACCCCUGCACCUGCUGCACCGCCACCGCCGCAGACGGAGGAGGCCCACUGGCCGAAAGCAGGAAGACAAGGCCGGGUUGCUAGGCCUGCCCGAUGCGUCUGUGAACUGCUGGGGCUCUGAUGAGGAAAAGGCAGGGGGCCUGGAGGACGAACAGGAGGCCGAGGAGCCCACUGUAAACGUACAGGUGGAGAGCUUUCACAGACGCACUCAGCCAGUUCACCGGCACUGCAGUCAGGAGACCUGUCUUUCCAGCAUCCCUAGACGUUCCCUUGGGCCUCUUGCAGUUGGCCACAGGCAGCCACUGACCCAAUUUCUGUCACUAUAGAUCGGACUUCUCUUUCCUAGAGUAGCACAUAAAUGCACCGUACAAUGUGCAGCCUCUUGUGUCUGGCCCCUAACUCCGCGUGAUGUCUCUGAGCCAUCCAUGCUGUUGUGCAUUGGUGCCGCCGUCCUCUGCACUGCCGAAUGUUCUCAGUCCAUGGAUCCUGUACUGUAGUAUCCACGCACCUGCUGCCUGGCAUUUAGGCUACUCUAAUUUGGGACAUUACAAAUGAAGCUGCAGGCCGGACACAGUGGCUCACGUCUGUAAUCCCAGCACUUUGGAAGGCUGAGGCACGAAGAUCACUUGAGGUCUGGAGUUGGAGACCAGCCUGGCCAGCAUGGUGAAACCCCCUCUACUAAAAAUAUGAAAAUCAGCCAUGUACGGUGGUGGGCGCCUGUAAUUCCAGUUACUCAGGAGGCUGUUAGGAGAAUUGUUUGAACCCAGGAAGCGGAGGUUGCAGUGAGCCAAGAUCAGGCCACUGCACUCCUGCCUGGGCAACAAAAGCAAGACUGUCUCAAAAAAACAAAUAAGGCUGGGCACAGUGGCUCACGCCUGUAAUCCCAGCACUUUGGGAGGCUGAGGCGGGUGGAUCAGGAGGUCAAGAGAUCGAGACCAUCCUGGCCAACAUGGUGAAACCCUGUCUCUAGUAAAAAUACAAAACUUAGCUGUGCAUGGUAGCAUGAGCCUGUAAUCCCAGCUACUUAGAAGGCUGAGGCAGGAGAAUCACUUGAACCCAAGUGGUGGAAGCUGCAGUGGGCUGAGAUCGCACCAUUGCACUCCAGCCUGGUGACAGAGCGAGACUCUGGACUCUGUCUCAAAACAAACCGACCAUAAAUAAACGAAGUUCCUGUGAGUGUAUGAGCGCAAGUCUUGGUGUAGAAUCUGCUUCCAUUUGUUCUGGGAGAAGUCCCCAGGAGGGCUGCGGGGAGGUAUAAUGCCUCUUCACACUGGCUGUCCCAGGCCGCAUUCCCACUGCUCCAUCUGCUUGCUGACACCUGGGACUGUCAGUUCUUUCAAGUUUUAGCCAUCACUGUGGGCGUGUAGGUAUGAGGCUUUGAUUCACAUUCCUUUAGUGACUAAUUAUAUGAAACACAUGAAAAGAUUCUUACUGGCCAUGUGUUUCUCAUCUGUUAAGUGUCCAAAUCUUCCAUCCAUUUAUAAAACAGGACGUUUGGUUUCUGGCUGUGUUAUAAGUUCUUUAUAUACCCUAAAUACAAGUCCUUUAUGAAAUACACAUCUGUAGUAUUUUCUCCCCGUCUGCGGCUUGUCUUUUCAUUUCCUAAUGAUACUGUUCAAAGAGUUCUUUGUUUUGAUGAAGUCUGACUGGGAUGAUACCCAUGUGUCUCUGUCCACGGUCCCUGGCUCAUAACUCCCAUACCCCUUACUAGAGUAAAGAGAAUCUCUCUCUGACAUUCUGCCCUCCUUUCACCUGCCCAAAGCUAGACUCUAAUCUGAUUGUGGGUCACAAGACCCUUAUUCCAGAGGGCUCUGCCCUUUACCCUGGAGGAAGGAAAGCUGUACAGAGAGGCCAGAAGAACCUGGUCAGGGCCUUGCUGGGUUCAGAUCACAUCUUUUGUCCAAUCACAUUUCAACAUGGUUGUCCAUUUUUCAAUCAUGCCUAUCCAAUGACAUCUCCAUAAAAUGCCCAAGAGUUUCUAGAGAACUGAACACGUGUAGGCUGACAGGAAGGUGAACAUGAAUGAGUUUCCCCACCCACCCACAGGGACAGAAGCUCCUGUGCUCAGAACCCUUUCAGUCCUCAUCCCAUGUAUGUAUCUCUUCACUUUGUUAGCUAGGCAUGGUGGCGAGCGCCUGUAGUCCCAGCUACUUGAAAGGUUGCGACAAGGAUCACUUGAGCCCAGAAGUUGUAGACCAGCCUGGGCAACACAGUGAGACCCUGUCUUUAAAACAAUAACAACAACAAAAAUACGCUUUGUAAUACGCUGGUGAAUUUAUGUGUUUCCCUGAAAUCUGUGAGCUACUUUAGCAAAUCAACUGAACCCAAGGAGGGGAACGUGGGAACCCCAAUAUAUGGCUGAUUAGUAGGAAUUCUGGAGGCCUGUACUUGCAACUGGUGUCAGAAGUGGGGUGUGGGCAGUCUUGGGGUAGACAGUGUCAGAAUGGAACUGGAGGACACCCAGCUGCGCCCGCUCCAGCACUGAUGGCCUGUUUGUUGGUGGGAGAACCGGCCUGAUGUGGUCGCUUGUGUUUUCUGUGGUGGCUGCUGCUAGUGAAGGGAAACGGGAAAAAGUACUUUGCUUUUCAUGUGUUUCCCACUCAUAGCAACUUAUUCUUUUUUUUUUUUUUUUUUUUUUUUUAUGGCUAGUGCUUUAUUUUUUUUAAAAUCUGUGCUUAGGUCACCAAGCUUUUCUCCUGUAUUUUCUUGUAGAAACUGAAUAGUUUUAGCCUUCACAUUGGGGUCUAUUAUCUGUUUCAGUUGAUUGGUGUGUAUGGCAUGACGUCAGUUUCAGUUUUUUCUCCAUGUGACUCUUGAGUUGGUUCUUUAAUUAUUUUUUUGAAAAUAUAAUCCCUUCCCUCAUAAAUUACCUUGGCCUUUCUGUUGAGUACGAGGUAACUGUAUACAUGUGGGUCUCUUUCUGGGCACUGAUUCUGUUCCAUCUGAUUUAUGUCUUUUUUUUUUGAGACGGGGUCUUGCUCUGCUGCCUAGGUUGGGGCGCAAUGGCAGGACCACAGCUGGCCUGACUGCAGGCUAAAGUGAUCUUCCCACCUCAACCUCCCGAGGAGCUGGGACUACAGGCAUGUGCUACAGCAGCCAGCGAAUUGUUUUUGUACCUUUUGUAGAGAUGGGGUCUUGCUAUGCUGCCCAGACUGGUCUCCAACUCCUAGGCUCUAGUGAUUCUUCUACCUCAGCCUCCCAAAGUAUAUGUGGAUGACAGGCAUGAGCCACCACAC